UCCAACGUAACGUUCGAAUCAACGCCUCACGGUCAGCAGCGAUCAAUGUUUCUGGUUUUCUCUGGAUCCUCCUUCUGCUCCUUAUUUUUCAGAUGAAACCUUUCCUCCGAUCCUUCAUGGUUUCCCUGUAAAUAAUGUACAAACUAAGCUAAGGUGUUCUCUGAUCUCACAUUUCUAAACUAACUCAGUUGAACUUCUCUGUUCUCUUUCGCAUGGCGGGAGCUCCGUGCGAAGAGGAUCAAGACGUCUACAGCAUUUCAGUGAUUUCUGAAAGAGGGAACACUAAUCCCCAGUUGCCCUCACAAUUUUCUUUAUUGAGCUUCUUAGAAGUUCCAUAUGCAUCUGAAAGCAAAUCAGGCUUGGAUAAUGAUUGGAAUGACAUGACCUCUGUCAGUUUUCAGAUGGAAAGUGCAGAUAGAUGUUCAUCAUGCAGUGUGGAUAUAGAUGUCGAGGAGAAAAAUUUGUCAAAGCCUAAAACAGAAGAAAAAACUGCUCAUUGCUCAAUAAAAACUGAGAGUGCUCUAACUAGUACGUCUCAGAGAAAGAUUAGCAUACAAAUAGGUGGCAAAAUCAUGCAGCUUUUACUGAAUCAUAACCCUAUUUUACUGAAGCCCAGUUCAAGAGCAGACAAAUCAGUGACUGAGGGAGCUCAUGAUACAACUAAUAGCAGAUGGCGGCGAUAUAAGCGCACAGCCUCACUAGACUCAAGAAAAGUGGUUGUCUUUUCCUCAGUACUGUCGAGCAUGGGAACACUGUUGUUGAUAUACUUGACACUUAGAGUGAAACAAAUUGGUGAUGGGCUAGUUCAUGCCUAGUGGUUGUUGCUCAUGUUUGUUUGUGUGUGUGUGUGUGUGUGUAUGUGCACGUGCCAUUUCAUGUACAUAUUCACAUUUUGAGUCAGUGACCUCUGUUCUGUAACACUUGAAUGUUUGUCAUAAAUUAAAUCGUUUUUUUAUGGCC